UCUCUAUUGCUCCCUUUUAUGAUUGGAUCAGAAAUUGAAGAUACUUGUUAACUAACGGAAUUUUUCUACAGAAAAUGGCUGAAAAUGAAAUUGAGGAAAUGUUAGAUCACCUAAUUAGAAGGAUCAACAGUGGAGGUAAUCUCAAUCUGAGUAGAGUCAGUAUUCAUCAAAUAAGGGAACUUGAAAUGGCGCUAAGAAUUUUUAGAAACUUUAUAAAGUAUCAUCAUGUUCUUUUGUCUGAUUCCUUAGUCAAACUCACAAAGAAUGCCAAAUGGACUGUGCAAAUGCUUCACCGGGUAUUUGAUGGGAUUCCUAAAACUAACCUUAACCUGGAAAGGCUAGAAUCACAUUUGUUGGAAUUCUUUGAAGGUAAUACCAGUUUAAGCUACAAUUAUGAAUUGAAUGAUUUUGAUCUGUCGAAAUAUAUGGAUUGCCUUGGAAAAAUUCUAAAUGACGUACUGAUGUGUCUGGAAAGGGGUUGGUCCUUCUAUCCCGAAAAAAAACUUGCAAUACGUCGAUUUAUUAAGAAACUGAAAAUUGUUCAAAAAAAAUUGAGAGUUUUGAAAUACACAUAUGCCACAGAGAUAAAUGGUUACGUCAACUAUGAGAAGCUGGAAUGUUUGGAGACUCGAGUUCAGUUCAUGGCUAACAAUGUGGGACAAUUUUGCUUGGCCAUAUUAGAUUAUGGUGCUGCGAUUGAAGUUAAGGAUGAAAAUGAUAUCUUUAAUAAACCACCUUAUCUAUUAUCAUUGAUUGUGCUUGUGGAGUUGGAAAUGAAGAAGAUUUUUCUUGGUGAACUAAAGGCUUCAAAGUUUACUCAAUCAAAACCUUUCAAGGACAAGAAAUUACCAAAAGUAUUUUCAUAUCAUCUCCACAAUCUGUUGAUGCAUCUCAGAAACAAAAAGCUCGAGAACUUUCCUAAUAAUAUCUAUGUUCAAAAUAUUGAUGUGGCAAUAGAAUUCUUGUUGGUUUUCCUUGAUGCUGAUGUGUCAAAUCAUGUUAUUAAUGGUAACUGGUUGAAUGAGAUCUUGUUAAAGGUUGGAGCUAUAGCGGGUGAUGUUCUAUAUGUAAUGAAAAAGCUUCUUCCUAGAUCUAUAAACAAAGAUGACACUAGCAAAAUAAGUCUUUGCUCAAUACAGAUAUUGGAGAAGACUAAAGAUCUGAAGGCACAAGUUGAGAUGUACUACAAAUCCUUAAAAUUUAGUCCAUCUCAGUUCCCCACCUUUGGUGGAUUGAGCUUUCUGGAUUCUCUUUUAAGGAAACUGAAUGAGAUGUCGAAAUCUAAGUCUGGUUUAGAUUUCCUGAUGAAACCUCUUUUAGGGAAUUUGGAGAAAGAGCUAUCAACUCUUAUAUCCAUUUUAGAGAAGGAGUUGUCAUCUUUAUCAUCCAUUUUCAGAGAUGUCAUAAAGGUUCACCAUGAACAUAAAAUUCUUAAAGAUCUUCAGAGAUGUACCCUCAGUUUGGCAUAUGAAGCUGAGGUUGCCAUUGACUCUAUUCUUGCUCAGUAUAAUGUUUUUUUGCAUAUUUUUUGCUCACUUCCUACAAUCUUAAAAGAGAUCAAGCAUAUUAACGCGGAGGUGAUUGAGAUGUGGUCGGCGGACAUUCCUCUUAAUCCUCACGAUGUGGUUUAUCCAUUUAAACAUCUGCCAACUCGACGUAACAAUUCUGUGACUGAUGAGGAGAUAGUGGGUUUUGAGAUAACAACAGAAAAGCUCAUUCAGUAUCUGACUCGAGGGACAAAUGAGAUAGAUGUCGUCCCAAUUGUAGGCAUGGGAGGACAAGGGAAAACGACAGUUGCUAGAAAGUUGUACAAUAAUAACAUCAUUGUUUCUCGCUUUGAUGUUCGAGCAUGGUGCAUCAUUUCUCAAACAUAUAAUCGGAGAGAGCUAUUACAAGAUAUUUUUAGUCAAGUUACAGGUUCCAAACACAAGGGAGAUACGGAUGAUGUUCUUGCCGACAUGUUGAGGAGAAAAUUAAUGGGAAAGAGAUAUCUCAUUGUAUUGGAUGAUAUGUGGGAUUGUAUGGCAUGGGAUGACUUAAGGCUUUCUUUUCCAGAUGUUGGAAAUAGAAGCAGAAUAGUCGUAACAACUCGACUUGAAGAAGUGGGUAAGCAAAUCAAGUAUCAUACUGAUCCUUAUUCUCUUCCAUUCCUCACAACAGAAGAGAGUUGCAAAUUGUUGCAGAAAAAAGUGUUUCAAAAGGAAGAUUGCCCACCUGAACUACAAGACGUGAGUCGAGCAGUAGCAGAAAAAUGCAAGGGACUGCCCCUAGUGGUUAUCUUGGUAGCUGGAAUAAUCAAAAAAAGGAAAAUAGAAGAAUCUUGGUGGAAUGAGGUGAAAGAUGCUUUAUUUGACUAUGUUGAUCGUGGAUCUGAAGAAUAUAGUGCGGCGACUAUGCAGUUGAGUUUUGAUAACCUAGCUGAUUGUUUAAAGCCUUGUCUUCUUUAUAUGGGGAUGUUUCUGGAGGACGCAAGAAUUCCAGUGUCUAAAUUGAUAAGCUUAUGGAUUGCGGAAGGAUUCGUGGAGAACACUGAAUCUGGGAGAUUAAUGGAAGAGGAAGCUGAAGGUUACUUGAUGGAUCUUAUUAGCAGUAACGUGGUAAUGCUAUCAAAGAGAAGUUAUAAUGGUAAAGUCAAAUAUUGUCAGGUUCAUGAUAUUGUGCAUCACUUUUGCUUGAAGAAGAGUAGAGCAGAAAAUUUUAUGGUGGCAGUGAAGGGGCAUGCCAGCCAGCUUCAACCUUACGAUUGGAAGGGAAGUCGAUUGAGCUUCAGUUUCAGUAAAGAGCAUUCCAAGUUAUCAUCUCUGGUCUCCAUAACAUUGAAGCCUUUCCACCAACACUUGAGGUCACUAAUAACGACCAAUCAAGGAAAUUUUAUGGAUGUGAUUCCCAUCAGUCAGAUUAGUGAAUUGCGACUUCUUAAGGUCUUGGAGUUGAGUUCUUUUAGUGUGGAUUUUUUGUCGUUAGCUACAUUCAAACCACUAAAUCAGCUGAAGUACCUCGCAGUUUGGGCAGAGAAAUUAUAUUUUCAUCCAGAAUCACAUCUGCCCCAUCUUGAAACUUUGAUUGUGAAGAAUAAUAGGUCAAAUAUACAAGUGUUACAAGUGUCUUUUUGGGAAAUGGAAAAAUUAAGGCAUGUUGAGAUUGAUAUUGCUAAAUUUGAUGAGCAGGGGAUUUUUGAAGGAUCCUCUAAAUUGGAAAAUUUGAGGAUAUUAAAGAAUGUUAGAUUUCCAAUUGAGGAAGUUGAUAUGGUGGAUGUGUUAUUAAGGAGGUGUCCUAAUCUUCAACAACUUGACAUCACAUUUGAGAAUGAUGAAGAAUCUGCAGAGCCUUUUUGUCCCAAAUUGGAGAAUCUUACCCACCUUCAAAAACUUCAACUUUCCUUUCUGCAUCCCCACAUUCUAUCUGGGUUACAGUUGCCUUCAAAUUUAAACAAGUUGCUUCUAAAUGGGAUGUAUAUGGAAACGGCUGUUCCCUUUAUUGCGGGACUACCAAGCCUGGAGUAUCUCCAAUUAGAAGAGGAAUGGUAUUCGACAGAAGGGGAACCAAUUUUUCCUCAGGUCAGAGAGUGGUGCCUUGGAGAUAUCACGUUCCAUAACCUUAAGGUAUUGAAACUGGUGGAUUUAUGUAUCUCAAGGUGGGAUGCCUCGGAGGAAUCAUUUCCCCUGCUUGAAACACUUGUUAUAAAAAAGUGUAGUGACCUAGAGGAGAUCCCCCUUAGCUUUGCCGAUAUUCCAUCAUUGAAACAGAUUAAGUUGAUUUUCUGCUACAACAAAUCUCUGCAGGCUUCAGCUGUGAGAAUUAAAAAAGAAGUCGAAGAGAUUGAAGGAUGUGACCGUAUAGACCUCGUCAAAGAAUACUGA